CUUGGAAAAGGGGUGUUAGAGAGAAUUGCAGAGUCUAUAGAGGGGAAACUUCUUCACCAUCAUGAUUGUACUCUUCACGCUUGGGUUCUACCAAAUCCUGCCAUUUGCCGACUCAACGACUUAGGUCUGUUCUUCAGCGAAGAAUACUAUCAUUUCAUAUCUUCAUCGUAGUUGAAGCACUGGAGUUGAGAAUACAGAAUAAGAAAAACGAAAAAAAAAAGUUGUCUGUGGCAAAUAGGUAACUCUGUAGUUUUCUGUGUUUCUACUGUCGAGGUAAUUCUGAAACCUUCUCUCGAUUCCUCUAUAUGUUUUUUUUUCAAUUGGUAAUUUGAAUAAUUGCGAGGGUUUUGGAAUUUUCGGCUUUGGUUUGGAUUUGGGAUUAGAGGCAGUGAUUUGGUAGAUCGGGAUUGGAAUUGGCUGUUCUAUGUGUUUGAGUUGAUUUUGAUGGCUUUUACAUGAAUCUCUAGGCUGAUUUUGCUAUUGGAAUUUGGAAGCGAUUAGGUGAUAUAAGCGCGAAAUUAUUUUUGGCUGUGUUGUUUUGUUUAUACGAUGUCUUUAACAGCGGUUUAUUAGCUGCCAUGGACUUGUUCUUUUGAUUUCGUGAUGCUUUUUCUUGUCUUUUAUGAUUUUUUUAUGCUAUUAAUUUCCAUCAUCAGGAGCAGAGCCGUUUCAGGAAAAACAUGUUGAGUAUGCACUGUAGCUUCAUGCAUGGCUGGGUCCUCCAGGUGCUUGUUUACUCUUUAGACAAUGAAGUCAAACUUAAGUUGGAUCGUUCACUCAUUCUCAUGAAAGGAAAUAUGUUCAUGAUCUCCUAAUAAAAGUUGCAAUGGAAGUCUUCGUGGAUGCUACUCUAUACAAGGAGUACCAAAGAUUCUUGAUAUCGUGGUCUUCAGCAUUGCCACCACAGUUUCUUUGAAGUUGCUCAGGGUCUAGGGUUGUAUUCCACUAAUGCACCUAAGACUGUUUACAUAGGUUUGUAGAUAAUUUUCUAGCAGACAAAAAUGGAAGUGAAAACUGCAAAGGCAUUGGAUAGGAUUGCUCUCAAAUUGAAGAGAAAGCGACCUACCCAAUAUGCUGCACAUGAAUGUGGAGCUUUGCAGCCUUCAGGCAGGGUGGUAAAACAGAUAAAAUUGGGUGAAUAUAGAAAAAAACAUGCAAAUGCUGGUCCUCAUAUUGGGAAGUCCUUGAGUAACCGAUUUUUAAGUUAUAAAAAAAGUGGGAAACCAGCUCGUCUGAUGUUCUAUAAGAAUGGUGAGUGGGUGGACUUUCCAAGUGAUAUUCUUGACUUGGUUAAGAAAGAUCUUGAAAUCAAGAAGUCGGUUGUGGAGGUGGAGUUAAAUGGGUAUCAUAUGGUUUUAAAUUUUUUCCAUAUGUAUAAGUUGAACAUGAAAACUGGUCUGCAACAACCAAUGGCUUGGAUUGAUGAGGCAGGAGGCUGCUUCUUCCCUGAGGUCUAUGCUGCUUAUGAUGAAGAGCCUUAUAAUCUCUGGAAACAGGGCACUGGAAAAAGUAAAGAGCCAUAUGGUUCUAAUGAAAUAAAAUUACAAUUAGAAAUUGAAAUAAAUGGACUGGAUCAGUGGAAGUUGAGGGAGUGUUCUGACGAGUCCAAUGCGUUAUUUAAUGGUAUUAGAAUUGAUACUAAACAAAAGAGCUGUCCAUAUGAUGUAGAAGUAGAAAAUAGCAUUAACAAAGAGGACUGUGAAAAUGUUGACGAAUCUAUACAGCAAAAUCAAGAAAUAGAUUUAGAUGCCUAUACUGAAUCUGUAAAUGGAAGGUUGAAUUUCGAUUCUGUACAGAAGAUAUUUCUUAAGGGAAUGAACAAUAAUGGCAUUACUGAUUCUGACAUUGUUGGAAUUGACCGGUGCUCAGGUGCGUCAAUGCAAGCACGAUUGGAGCUAUUCUUGAAGCAAGCUGAAAUUACACAAAAAUGUCAUGGGGAUGCUAAUAUUCAGUAUGCUUGGCUUGCUUCUACUAAACGAGAACUGUAUACAAUGAUGGAGUAUGGGCUUGGCCACUGUAGACUAUCUGCAUUUAAAGGUUCAUACGGCACUGGUGUUCAUCUUGCAGCCAUUACCUGCCCUGACAUCAGUGCACGUUAUUGUGAUGUUGACGAAAAUGGGGUUCGACAUUUGGUCCUUUGUCGUGUAAUAAUGGGGAACAUGGAGAUUCUCCGUCCUGGCACUGGUCAGUUCCAACCCAGUAGCUGUGAAUAUGAUAAUGGGGUGGAUGACAUUGAAUGUCCGAGAUAUUAUGUGGUGUGGAAUAUAAACAUGAACACCCACAUUUAUCCAGAAUUUGUAGUUAGCUUCAAGCUGUCGUUUGAUGCCGAAGGCUUUUUUGGUGGAAGUGAAAGGAAGAAUAAUGUUUCUGGGGUUAUGACAGCCUGCCAUGGUCCUCAAGGACUGUUACAUUCUUGUGCAGUAGUUAAGGGCACAGCUCCCCCAAGGGUUCCAACAUCGCCUUGGAUGUCUUUUCCUUUGCUUUUUGCUGCUAUUGGAAACAAGGUUCCUCCUAAUGAUAUGGAACGUGUCAGAGAACAUUAUGAACAGUUCAGGUCAAAGCAGAUAUCCCGGGCUGAUUUUGUGAAGAUACUAAGGUUAAUAGUUGGAGAUACUCCAUUGAAACUUGCAAUGACACAACAUCAAUUUAAGAUACCAUCUAAUGUUAAGGAAGGAUAAGGCUUUAAUAUUAGAAAGCAUGAGGAGAUGGAUAUUUCUGCUCUUGGAGGCAAAAAAUUUUGCUGGACAAGUCAAUUAUUAGCUCCUAGACAUUCUUUUUCAUUUUCUUUCGUCAUUUUGGACCUUGAAUGUAGUUGAUGCUGGAAACUCUUCAUUAUUUUUACUUGAAAUCAUCUGUUUUCAGAUACAUUGUCAACCCACCAAUUUGUUACCUUACGUAAUUUUUUUUAUAAUAAACAUCAUUCAUUAAGUA